AAACGGACGAGCUGAACGAGGCCGAUCGAGGAAAGAAUUUGCAGGAUGAGUAAAAGGACGAGUCGCCGGGAGCCCUCUUCAUCCGAAAAUAGUAGUAUCGAUAGUGAGGAAGAGCAACGUCGCAAGGAUUUAAAGGAACGUGAUGAUUUCGCGCAGCGGCUAAAGAAGCGCGAUGAAGACCGCACGCGGAAAGUGGUUGAGGCGUCCUCCAGCAAGCGCGCUUACGAGGAGGCCGCCAAACGGUUGAAGCUCGAAGCGGAAGACAAGGAGAAGCUACUGCCGGAACUGCGGAAACAAUCCCGGCGCCAGUAUCUCGAGAAACGUAAGGAGGAUAAAGUGGCCGAACUCGAGGCCGAUAUCCGCGACGAUGAAUAUCUCUUUGCGGACUCGGUCAUCACCGAGCGCGAGCGGAAGGAUCGGGAGUACAAGAAAAGUCUGUUGCAAAUUGCCAAGGACCAUGAGAAAGCGCGUGAGCUGGAACGGGUCCAGCGGUACCACAUGCCCAAGGAUAUCAAGAAGGGCGAAACGCAGGAGUAUGUCGAGGUGGACGAGCGUGAGCGUAUGCCGAACUCGGAGCAGAAGAAGUGGGAAGCAGAACAGCUGGCAUCGGCCGUGUACAAAUUCGGCUCGAAAGAUGCCAAAGACCGGGCAGGACAGCAGGAGGAGUAUGAACUGCUGUUGGAAGAACAGAUCGACUUCAUUCAAGCGCUCGGGCUGGAGGGAACGAAAGAUAAGAAGCGCAAACCAGAGAUCACGGAAUCGGAAAAGAAAAAGAUGACCAUCGAGGAAACGAAGAAAUCCUUGCCAAUCUACCCUUUCAAGGAGGAUCUCAUAGCGGCUAUUCGCGAACAUCAGAUUCUCAUCAUAGAGGGUGAAACGGGCUCGGGAAAGACGACUCAAAUUCCGCAGUAUCUAUACGAGGCCGGCUUUACGAAUGAUGGCAAAAAGAUUGGCUGUACACAGCCACGGCGAGUGGCGGCCAUGUCGGUGGCAGCCCGUGUAGCCGAAGAGAUGGGAGUUAAGUUAGGUAACGAAGUAGGCUACAGCAUUCGUUUUGAGGAUUGCACAUCCGAGCGUACGGUGCUAAAGUACAUGACGGAUGGUACGCUGCACCGCGAGUUCCUGUCCGAGCCCGAUCUCGGAUCGUACAGCGUAAUGAUCAUUGAUGAGGCUCACGAGCGUACACUACACACGGACAUUCUGUUUGGGCUGGUGAAAGAUAUUGCGCGAUUUCGGACGGACCUAAAGCUACUGAUCUCCAGUGCCACGCUUGAUGCGGAUAAAUUUUCUGACUUUUUCGAUGAAGCACCAAUCUAUCGGAUACCUGGACGACGCUAUCCGGUCGAUAUAUUUUAUACCAAGGCACCGGAAGCGGAUUAUAUUGAUGCUUGCGUCGUAUCCGUGCUGCAAAUCCAUGCCACGCAACCUUUGGGAGAUAUUUUGGUCUUUUUAACAGGACAAGAGGAGAUUGAAGCGUGUCAGGAGAUGCUACAAGAUCGCGUCAAGCGACUAGGCUCCAAGCUAAAGGAACUGCUCAUUCUUCCCAUCUAUGCCAACCUACCGUCGGAUAUGCAGGCAAAGAUUUUCGAGCCCACACCUCCGAACGCACGGAAGGUGGUACUGGCGACGAAUAUUGCCGAAACGUCGCUGACGAUCGAUAACAUCAUCUACGUGAUCGACCCGGGAUUUGCGAAGCAGAACAAUUUCAACUCACGCACCGGCAUGGAGACGCUGAUGGUUGUACCGAUCUCGAAAGCGUCCGCCAAUCAGCGAGCUGGUCGAGCGGGUCGUGUCGCUCCCGGUAAAUGUUUCCGGCUUUACACGGCCUGGGCGUACAAGAAUGAACUGGAGGAGAACACGGUACCGGAGAUCCAGCGUAUCAAUCUGGGUAAUGCGGUGCUAAUGCUGAAAGCACUCGGCAUUAACGAUCUGCUGCAUUUCGAUUUCCUCGAUCCCCCACCACACGAAACGCUCGUGCUGGCGCUGGAACAACUGUACGCGCUAGGUGCAUUGAACCAUCACGGUGAACUGACGAAGUUGGGUCGACGGAUGGCCGAGUUCCCGGUCGAUCCUAUGAUGGCCAAGAUGUUACUGGCUAGUGAAAAAUAUAAAUGUUCCGAAGAGGUUGUGACCAUCGCAGCGAUGCUCUCGGUGAAUGGUGCCGUAUUCUAUCGCCCCAAGGAUAAGAUCAUUCAUGCUGAUACGGCACGAAAGAACUUCAACCAUCCACACGGUGACCAUCUGAGUUUGAUGCAAGUGUACAAUCAGUGGGCCGAGUCAGAUUACAGCACGCAGUGGUGCUAUGAAAAUUAUAUUCAAUUUCGUUCCAUGAAACGUGCCCGUGAUGUACGAGAGCAGCUCGUAGGGCUGAUGCAAAGAGUAGAGAUCGACAUGGUCUCUUCGCUACCCGAGACGACAAACAUCCGGAAGGCGAUAACGGCCGGAUAUUUUUAUCAUGUGGCGCGUCUCUCGAAGGGUGGGAACUAUAAGACAGUAAAGCACAAUCAAACCGUCAUGAUUCACCCAAAUUCAGCUUUGUUUGAAGAGCUACCACGCUGGGUACUGUACCACGAAUUAGUGUUUACGACAAAAGAAUUCAUGCGAUCCGUCAUUGAAAUCGAUAGCAAGUGGUUGCUUGAGGUAGCGCCACAUUAUUAUAAAGCGAAAGAAUUGGAAGAUUCUACUAACAAAAAAAUGCCCAAAAAUAUCGGUCGGGCCACACUGGCGGUUGCAUAAUUGGAAGAAUACAGCUGAAAUCCCUUCGUCAAAAUGCCCAGAUCUCCUAACAAACAGUGGCCCGUGAAACGAGUUAGCGGCCCAUAGACGUUUAAUAAUCUACAAAUCUUGAACAUGUAUGGACCGCUUAAAACGUGCCGGCAAUUAAUUCCGUUUUCUUUGUUGGAUAGGCUAAGGUGAAGCUAUGAGAUUCAGUAGCAUAGCAAAAGAAUAUGCAUAGGUAGCGAAAUCCGACCACAAAUCGGAACUUCAAAUUUUCCAAUCAUUUGAGUUUUCACACUUUUGACCACAAAUCGGCCGUUGGCAAGUGCAUUUAGUUAAAUAUGCGUUUGGCAAAACCCGCACACAAAAUUGAAUUGUAAAAUGAGAGAGAGAGUGUGUGUUCUAAUAAAAAAUCGUCUUGCUUUUCGA